UACUAUGAUACGUCUUCUUCCCUGUGAGACCUUGAGUAAAAAAGUAAAAUAGGAUUUAACUGGGAACUCUUUUCUUCAGAUAGUGAAGAAGAUCCCAUUCAAGAAGAUGAAGAGGACGAUGAAUCUCUCAUUGGGAUGACCCUAUCUCCCUUGGAAAGGCUCGAGAAGUUUAGUAUCAGCAAAAUGGUUUUACAGAGGCUUGUUGUGACCAGAGAACUUUCAAAUACCAUUCACAGUAUCAGUUUAACAGAUGCAGUCGAUAAAGCCUUGCCCAUCAUCAUUGAGUUAGGUAAAGAUACUGAUGACUCUGUUAGGGAGGCUCUAGCGGGGGAAUUGGAUAAAGUCAUUUACUUUUACUAUCAAAAUGCACCACCAUUGUUAUCAGAUGAUAAAGAAACUCAGCAACCUCAUAUCCCAGCAAAUGCAUUUGCUAGUACUGUGAUUGACUUUUUGUUAGAUCAAAACACUACUUUAGCUUCUAUCGCACAACAGUCUAUUGUCACCGUCGCCGCAGAACUAGCAGAUACACCAAAAUCCUCUGAGCAAUAUGAGUUUAAUCAAUCGCUCUUAAACAACGAAAUCUUCCAAGGCAUUAUUCUAGGGUUGAUUAGUAUAGUCAAUAGUGGAAAUCAACAAGAAGAUCUGGAGGAGGAAAAAGAGAUGGAUAUGGCAACUGUUGUGGAAAAGGGAACAGCUAAUGUGAUGGAUUCAUUUUCGACAGCCAUAGUUGAAAAGGUACCGCUUGAUAAAACACCCGAAAACAAGGUUAUUUCUUCUGCAACAAACGCCGUAUUAAAGCAUUAUGAUGAUGGAGGGAUAAACUUGGCAAAGAUGGUUUGCUUAAUGUUAAUUUCGGCUUUGGCUCAAGUCUUUGGCCCAGAAGGUUGCACAGAUAAAUUUUUACCUAUUGUGGAAAGCAUGGUUUCUGAUCCAAUGUUCUAUGUGAGAAAAGAAGCUGCCGCUGCUGUCGGAAGUCUUUCGACUUCUGUUGAUCCCAAAACGGCCUUAGAUAGACUUCUGCCUCUUUAUUUAAAGCUUUCAGUAGACACAAUCUGGCACGUUAGAAGAGCAUGUGUAUUUGCAUUACCUUUUCUUUGUGAAGUUUUACCAAAUGAAGUCAAGACUACAAUCGCAGUGAAUGGAGUAGAGUUAUUCAAGAAUGAUGUCUCUCGAAAUGUGCGCAAUUCAUUAGCUGAUAUUACUGGCGAGAUGAUAUCUAAAUUCUUACCGGAUGAUUGGAAGGAGACAGGAAACCCCGGAAAAGUACCAGAAGAGCUGUUGGAUUUCUUUUUAUCUUUGGGAAAUACAACUACCAGCGCCAACCAGAUGUUUAAAACGGACACGGAGCGUAUUCAUAACUGUGCUUACAACUAUCCCGCCGUAGUAUUAACAGCAGGUGUCGAGUAUUGGGACACUCAUUUAAAGGAUACUUAUUUGAAUUUAACCAAAGAUUACCAGCUCAAAGUACGUAGAACUUUUGCGUAUUCACUUCAUGACAUUGCACGUAUCAUUGGUCCCGAACGCACGGAAAGGGAUUUGGUACAAAUUUUUGCACUGUACCUGAUGGAUUUGGAUGAUGUCAAACAAGGUGUUUUGGAACAUUUAUCAGAGUUUUUAGGCGUUCUCGCCAUUACUUCAAGAAAUGAGUAUAUACCUAUUCUUGCAGAGGUGUGGGAUGGCGUUAUGUCAAACUGGCAUUUGCGUGAUAUCUUGGCUAAUCAAUUACGUGAUAUCUCUCGGCUGUUUGAUGCAUCGAGAGUAGUAGAACAUAUACUACCAUUAGCCAUUCGUGCAUGCCACGAUGAGUUUGCAGCAGUAAGAGAAACAGCCGUUGAAAUUUUUCCAGUUAUUUUGGACAUUGUGAAGAGAACUGUGGACGAUGAUGGAGAAAAUUUGUCUCAGAUAGAAGAAAGUGAAAAUGAUACAGAUAAUAUGGCCGAUCGUCAACAAAAGUACGCUUUGGCAUUAUUAAAUCAUGUUAUGGAAAAAAUAGAUGACUUGGUUCGAUCAUCUGCACAUCGCACAAGACUAGUAUUUACACAGAUAUGUAGAUCACUGCUUGAUGCAGGUAUCAAUCCCGCAGACUUUGGCUCAUUUUUCUUACCCAGAUUAGUUGGUUUAGCCAAAGAUAAAGUGGUAAAUGUACGUAUUGCCACUUCCAGAACAAUCAAAACGUUAUGCUCUAUUGCUGGCUAUCGCCACGAUUUAGAAACAAUCACAUUCAUUGAAGGUGCAACGACAGAGAACGAUAUGACACCGGGCCAGGUAUUAGAUGAUAUAUUAUAUCUUUUAUCGACGGACAAGGAUAGGGAUGUUCGGUAUUAUGUUGAAGAAUUUAUCACGCCCGAAUGUCUUCUAGCCUACCAAGAGAAGAAAGUCAUGCAGGAUAGUAUCAUAGCAAAAGAAUUGGCCAUAAAGCAGAGCGAAAAGAUCUUUCCUCCCACUUUACCAGCUCAUCUGAUUAUGAUACACUCACCAGCAUUGUCUAAUCUUGACGAUGAGGAAGAAGAAGAAUAUGAAAGUGAUCAUGAUAUCCAUAAUACAACGGAAUUACCUGUUGUUUUUGAGGAGGAUGAAGAGAGUGAAGAAAUAUAUCACUCUACAGAAUCACCAAUGGAUAUUGUGGAUGAUUAUGAUGAUGUCGAAGACAUGUCCUUGUCUGGAAACAUGGGGACGAGUUUAUAUGAAGAAUGCAUCAAGGAUGAGGAUCAAGUCAUUCCUUUUACUGAUAUCCAUACCAGCAGCACACUAGAUGAAGAAGACGACAUUAUGAUGGAAUCGCCAUCCGACAACCACGAGGAAGUUGCAGAAAAAGCUCAGCAUGUUUAUUUAUCAAAAAUUCCUGCCCAUGUGGUUUUAAACAGUAGCGUUCCUCCUGCUGUACCUGCAGACAACAACUAAAAAAAAACACAAUUUAUUUUUAUCUCUUAUAUAUUAUUCCCCCAUCACCUUCACCUUUCUCUAUUAUUAUCUAUCUGCUUUCCCACUUUAUAUCUGUCUUAUACAAUUAAUCGUAA